AUGAAUAACGUCGGAAAUUCAAUUAAUUCUCGAAACUCAUUCAAAGAACAAAUCAUCAAACAAGACUAUCACAAUUCAUAUAAACAUUUAGAGUAUGGUAAUGUGCUAAAUAUGAUGGCAAAACCAUUUUUCACCACUCGGCCAACAAACACGUUCGAAGGCCUUUCUCUUUCGAAUUUUUCACAAAUUCCUUCCUAUCAAGCAUGGUCUGACGCUAUCAAAAAUCAAAUUCUUGAAGAUAUUAUUCAAAGAGAUUGGACAUUUUCAUGUUUGAAUAUCUUUCGAGAAGAGCCAUCAUCAAAAAAUUCAUCCUAUCAUUCGAACAAUGAAUCACUUUAUGAAAAAUUAGCCCAAAGUUUGGAUAUAUUUAUUGUAAAUUAUGGAAGUAUUUUGUUUCACACUUUUAAUCAACUAGAGGAAAGCCAAGUAAUGAUUCAGAGACCAAUAUCCCAGAAUGGUGAAUUUGAGUGGCAAUGGAUACGAGUUUGGAUGGGAUUAUUGUUUGAGGUCGUUGGAGACUCUCGCUUGUUGUUUGACGAAGAUGAUGUACACGUACAAGUUUUAAAUCACCAACUUGACUUUAUGGAAGAGAAGUUUAUUCAAAAGUUUUUGAAACAAUUUAAACCAAAACCUGUGUUUCAUUUUCAUUUUGUUCCAAAAUUUGAAAAGUGGUAUUUAUUGGGACGAAGAUGGAAAAUUGAUGAUGUUCCAUCGUUACAACAUUCAGAAAUGAGUACGCUAGUACCAACUCGGACUACAUUGAAGAUCAUGUCGUACAACAUUCAUAAUUAUGAGGGAAAUUGGAAAUUGAGAUUAUUCAAAAUUCUUAAAACCAUUCGAAGGCAAAAUCCUGACGUUCUUUGUUUCCAAGAAGUACGUCUUGAUGAAUCUAAGGAUGAUUCCAACCUGAGUGAUGUUUUCUCAACACAUGUUUUACAAGAUCAUCAUCAAAUUAGCCAUCUAAAAAAAGCUCUCACUCAAUUGAGAUAUAUUCAUUAUAUUCACAGACCUGCCAUGUCUUAUUAUUCUCCCUACUCAACGAUGAGUAGUUUCCCCCCAAUGAUGCAGGAAGAAGGACUUGCAAUUUUUUCUAAAUAUCCAAUGGUGGAGACAGAUCACAAGUUACUUUAUCGAGACUUGUCAGAUCCUUCCACACAUCAAAGAAUUUCAUUAAGAAGUCGAAUUUUAAUUCCCUUUCUCAGAGAGGAGAUGACAUCUGAUUUUAUAACGGUGGACAUUUUCAAUACUCAUCUUUCAUUAAAAGAGCAUGAAAGAAAUCAAAAUGUUUUGGAUAUUACAAAUUUUGCUAAUCAAGUUUUAGAUCACGAGUCUUCACUUUUCCAACCCUCUUUUCAAGUGGUUUGUGGAGAUUUUAAUUUGGAACCACACGAACAUGCGUACUCUCUUUUAAAAACGAGUGGAAAUUGGAGAGAUUCUUUCGAAGAAGCGAGAAGUGCAUUUCUCGUUAACGCCACCACUGAUGACCUUGAAACAUUGAAAGACUUUGACUCUCAUCACACGCUCACCUUCAGUACAGAUGGUACCUUUAAAAAGAGAAUUGAUUACAUCAUGUAUCGUCUUUUAACAGAAAGCCAGAUUGACCAUUAUUACUCUUCCAAUCAUUUGCGAGUACGAGUGCAGUCCUACCAAUUGGAUGGAAGGGCUUCAGAAUAUCAUCAUGAGAGUAGUUCGACGAACCAUUAUAAGGCACCAAGCGAUCAUCAUGCAGUCAUUGUCGAGUUCAUGAUUGAAAAGGUGUAA